AACAAACUCAAAGGAUUAUCGUUACGACGCCGUUCUGCGCCCAGUGCUGUGCUCUUCCGUACUCUCGGAGGUCACAGAUCCAGCCAUGAGACACCGUUCUCCAUAAAACUCAGCCAGGUCCGAGAGCUGACAAGAUCAAGGUCACGGGACGACCUCGACAAAAUGACAUCUGGUGAUCUUGACACAGUGGUAGAGGACACAAACUCCUCGAGUGGACAUCGAUGUGAGUUCUUCCUGAAGCAGAAGAAGACCCCGAAGAAGAAUCAUCUUGACAACUCAUCGUACCAAAAGUCCAUGAAGAGGUCAAAGAAGUCCCCCAAUAUCAUCAACACGCUCCUGCGCAAGAUCCGACCCCCACAGCCGCUGGUCUUUGGGCUGCCCUUGGCUGACAUCUGUGAUGACGACUUCCAACCCCCGGAGUCUAUUCUUCGUCUCAUGGUGCUAGUGUACAGGAGGGGCCCUGAAAUCUGCGGCAUCAUGCGGAGAGGAAACAACGCUCAGCUGUGCAAGGAGAUCAAAGAGAAGAUCAAGUCUGGCCUCACAUACACAGUGGAGGAUCACCAGGCACCGACAGCUGCCUCUGUAUACAAGGAAUUCUUGCGGUCAAUCCCAGGCGGAUUGCUCAUGACCGAAUUUCACGAUCAGUGGGUCAGAGUCCAGAAGGAGGAACAAGAUGAUGUGAAAAUUGAGAAAAUUAAGACCAUUCUGUCACAAGUCCCCCCAGCACACUACUGCCUGAUCAAGCUAAGUAUUUGUCUGCUGCAACAUCUGGCCAAACACUGCGAGGUAAACUGCAUGGGCCCAAGCAAUCUGGCCACCUGCAUCGCUCCGUCUUUCUGCAAGCUCGAUCUGCCCAAUACGAAACAUGCCUCAGACCUGGAGCAUGUGCAGAGUUCCCUGCACGAGAUCACAACCAUCUUUACCCCUCUCAUUUCCUUCAUGAUAAUCAAACACAUAGAGAUCUUUGGUGAAGACAUUUUGGAGAUGUUUGUCAAGUUUGGAUGUGAAAGUUCCCCAAGCUCAAGGUUGGAUGAGGACAGAACUGACUCCGGCCUGACUACGAAUACAGAGGAGGAGGAGGAAGAGGAGGAGGAGGAGGAUGAAAUGAUGGUAGAGGAUGAAGAUGAAAUGGAAGAGGAAGAUGAUGAGGACUACAGCAACCACCAACAGCUGCCAAAGAGGCACAGGCUACAGCUGCAGAAGCAGCAGCCCCAGCGACAGCACAUUCAGAGGGAUUCCAACUCUGGGACAGACUCUGACAGCAUGCACAGUGUCCUCAGUAUGCCAGACACAGCGAUGGGACUUCGUCGUGACGAUUCCUCUAUAGACAGUCUGGUUGACCGGGAGUACUACCCCAAUGAGACAGAGUCCAGCCCCAAGGCGACAAAGUCUCAUUUGUCCCCUUCCAAUCUAAGUCGAGACUCUGGUCUCACACUGAGUGACACCCAGUUGUACGACGAGGAUGCCCUCCACCACGACAUGGCCAGCAAGAACUACCAGCGCAGCGCUUCACACUUUGAAGGUCACGAGCUGGAGCUGCAUGAAGCAGGCUACUACAGUCGCAGUAUGGACAUGCGGCAUGAUCGUAGGGUGAACCCUGUUCCCCCGCCGAGGAAAAGAGCGAGCAAGAAGCCGCACGAUGCUCACAGUAUCUACGAGCUUGACCAUCAAGGUUACCAUAUCGCGGCUAGCUCCUAUCAUCACCGCCCUCCUUUCAAACACAGCGCAUCCACCACUCAGCUCGACAUUUCACAACCGCGAAAAGGUGGUGAACUGCGCCCCAUGUUAACGCACCCUCCUUUUGGCAAACGAAUCUCAUCAGAUUCUAUAGGGGAGGAAGAAGAGACGCAAGGCCCACAAAAUCCGAUUGACUUUAAUAAAAUCCGAAAGGCCCCAGAUAUUGGUACAAUUGUGAAAACUGACAGUGGUACUCACUUGUUCUUGGGAGAUGAAAUGCUGCCUACAAAGUAUAACCUUGGUCCAGCUGCUGUUAAAAUGCAGCAAGGGAGAGACCGAUUUAUUCGUCAGUCAUCGGUGACAGACAGUACACCGCCCGUGUCUCCACAGUCACGGUACUCCCAGAGUUCCCGGGAUAGCGUCUUGUCUGAUUCUACCUACAGCAUGUCACGAGAUGGCUCGGUGCACUCUGCUCCUCACACACCAGACGAACCUCCUGGAAAAUCCUUGUCAUGGAUGAGAGAGCAUGAACUUUCUUUUAAACAGUGGGAUGGUCGGCUGGCUCACAGCAUGAAUGCCUCCACUCUGCCUCUCAGCAAAUCUACUUCUGAUUUACUUGGAGCUAACUAUGAGGAAGAGGAGGAAACUUCAGAUCAAUUUGGAACUGGAGCUUCGAAUAAGCUCACCAGGAUGUACAAACCCUCUUCACCAAAGCCUUGGUCUCGUAAAUCCCAUGAAGCGGAGGAAAUAGAAAUGAACCGACGUCCUCACUUCAGCCUCAUGGUCCCGUCUGAAGAUUUCUCCUCAGAGCAGGCCUCACGCAGACAAUCCAGCCCAGCAUACUCCAGACAAACUCUGGCCCAGCAAUUAGUGAAGGGCUCUCCACCUCCCAAUGUAAUACUCAAAAGCCUUCAGCCCCCACAAGCCCGAAGAGAGUCUGUCCCUAUGAAGGCGAGCUAUGACAGAGAAAUCGUUGAUCAGGUUCGACGCUCUAGCGCAGAUUUCGCUGAAAAUUCACCUUUCGAUGUGGCGAAGAGCAUGAGCUCUAUAAAGCCAGCAGAGUACUUUAGUGUUACUUCCAAAGAAAUAAUGAUACCAUCUCCUGAUGAUGGUGAUUCAUCCUCUUCAUCUUCUAAUGUGAACAAAUUAAAACUUUCAAAGUAUGUCAGUUCAAAUGUAGACUUGCCUUUGACCUCCAAAGACAAAGACAGUGUAUUAGCAGACUCCAAACGCCCAGACAGACCGCCUAAUUACCAACAAGCAUUACAAAGAAACUUUAUGUUAAAACACAGCAUUCCUGUAGAUAUUACCAGUGAUGAGACAGAAAAGCAAAAGGAAGUGAGUGCCAGAGCAAAAGCGCUGUAUGAAAAGUCAGUGCAACGGUACAACGAGCAGCGCACAGGAAAACCUGUUGAGGGUCACAACUCCUCUCAAGGACAAGGUGUCGAAUCAAAAGUGGGUGCAGCAUCAUCGUCAGCUUCCAUCACACCUUUAGACAAUAAUCCUAGAUCCAAAACAGAAUCUGUGAUAGACAAAAGUUCCAGUGAUGGGGAAACCAUCUUUGCACACAGCGCCCUGUCUGCUUUGCCAAAAAAUAGCCAUCAGUUGGAUGUAGAGAGCUCUUCAGCUUUCCUUGACAUGGGUACCAUUUCACGAAGUCUACAGGAGGAUGUUCUUAAUCAAAGAAAUGCUCUGGCAAAAGAAGAACUGAGUUCAGCUGACGGCAGUUUCUAUGGUGACCGGAGUAUAUCCCGUACCAGCAGCAAGUUGUCCGACACAGGUUCGUCCAGUGGGAGUUCUGUGACCGUGUCCACUCUGAGCAGACACUCGGAUUCGUUCAGCCGUCACUCGGACAUCAGCAAUGUGAGCAAUGUGACAGUGUCCUCUGUCACCAGCAGUGACAGCAGCACAGACGCUCACUCCAUCAAAUCACAGCGGCGCUCGGGCUCAGAACUUGAUCUCCGCAGUAUGGCCUACAGUCGACAUUUUCGUCCUGUGGAGGCAGAAAAAUUGAGUCCUCCGUGUGACCAAGAAAUUCCGCGCCGGAGAUCCAGUGGCGCCAUUGAUGAAGAAGACAUUUAUGUUACAUUACAAAAUAAAAACCCUAAACAAGUGUACUUAGAAUCAAAGAGAAUGUUUGAAGAAGAUGAUCCAGUUGUACAGCCAUCUGUGUCAUUUUCAUCUCACCCUUCACAAGAGCAGUCGUCAACCCAGCCAUCAUCACAUUCUCCUUCAUCAUCCCAUCUUCCAUUAAGCUCUUCACAAAGCCCACAGCAUUCUCCUCAUAUUUCGUCUUCCCCAAAAAGUUCUAGUCUGCCAUCGGCAGAGCAGACUUAUUCGGUAAAAACUUCACUUGAAGUGCCUAGCUCCAGUCUACAGAGAAGCAGAAGUGAUUCUGCUGAGCACAUCAACAAGCUUGGUAAACUUAGUCCCCGUUUACAAACGAGCAACCGCCUCGCACAAGUGACCCAAGGCAAAGGCAGUUCACUAGAAGACAGUCAACUUUCAGUUGCAAGGUUUGAGGAGCACUCUGCCACAGUGAAGAAAUCUUUUGACAAAAAGCCGCCGUCUUCAGAUCUUUCGGAACAUAGACAUAAUUUUUUGAAAGCAAGAUCCUAUUUUUACCAUCCUGAAGACGACAAGUUGGCCUCACCAAAUGCUUCUCCUCGACCUUCCGCGUCCUCAUCCUAUGCAGCAUCAUCUUUAUCAUCAUCAAAUUCGUCAUUACCUAGCAAUUCAGCUAUCACAGUUCGCAAAAUCCCAGCAGAAAAUGUUGCCAAUAUUCCAUCCUAUGAGGACAAAACUGUGGACUCUGGCUAUAACCUUUCUCCAAGGUCAAGGUCAAAUAUCCCAGCCUCCAGGACAGCUCACGACAAACAUGUUGACAAAAAAGACCCUCCUCCAUCUGCUUCAUCUGUGAGUCAAAGUAAAAAAGAAUUCCCUUGGAGUGUGAAAGACCUGAAAUCUAUCUAUGAUAAAGAUAAGGGCCCCUCUUCCUUAAGCAAGGGAGCUACUAGCACUCAGUCUACAUCUACCUCAUCAUCAUCAUCAUCAUCAUCGUUAACCACUCGUUCACAGCAACAACAGCAGCAACAACAUCGAAACCCCCCACCAUACCAAGACCCACCUCCAUUUCGACGAAUGCAGGACAAAUACCGACUCAGUACUUCUAGUAACAGCAGUGCAGGCAGUGACCAAGGGUCUAGUGCCAGGAAACUGUCGACUAGUAGCGGUAACGAUCCACACAGACUGGGCCCUCAAUCAAACGGCCUUGACGGGGCGAGCUACUGGAGCUCAUCCGAGGAUGGAUACAGUUCAUCUUUGGAUCGUAGGUCAGUCAAGUCAUCCUCCAGCUCCAACCCGGAUGUCGAGGCCAUAUCUGACUACUCAAAUAUCACAUAUGUGUGAAGAGAAAUCAAAUGUCUUUAAAGAAUUAGCCUGCCCCUCCAGCAAAGUUGGUAACCAAUUAGACUUAUCCACAAAAGUUUUAACAUGAUAUGCUCUGUGGAAUAUUACCCCCAUCCCGGUGUCCUGUUUAUAGGGGGAAAGAGAGGUUCACCCUUGAAAUAACUUAUUCUGUGUCCAGUAGAGUGUAUAGUAAAGCUCAAAUAAAAGUGAACAACAGGCUGUGUCACAGCAUGAAACAGGGCAUCAGUUUCCCUUUAGGUUCAAGCACACCAGAAAUAUAGUCACUUACUGCCAUACUGCAACAAACUAUGUUGUACACCGUGGCGUUAUUUGGAACAGAUUUCCUUGCUAUUUAUCAUUAUCACAAAUGUAAAGUAAUAGCGAAUUUGGAAUCAAAAUUUUGGAAGACUAAACUUUAGGAACCGUCAGUAAGAAAAUGACAUGACUGUAGAGGUGUGACAGGUCAAGAGGUGUUCAAGUGAUCGGGCAGGGAAAGUAUUAGAGAAGUUGUGUUACUGAGAAGCAGCCCUGUUACAAACUGCAAAUGUGUUGUGACAAAAAGACAAAUGAGUAUCAUUCAAAGGAGAAAUAAUUAAUUGCAUAUAUUACCAAACAACAAUUUUUUGGUAAUUAUUUUGAUUCAGAUUUCUACUUGGUUUGUAUUAGGGUUUUUUUGUUGCCAGACUUUAAAUUGAACACUGUACUAGCUCCACCACACUAGAGAUGGAAAGUAACUCAAGACGGGCAUACUUUAAAAAUGUGAAAACUACACUGGCAAUAGCAGAAGCAUAAAUCAAAAAGAAAGAAAAGAGCACUAGAUUAACUGAAUCUGAGAAGUUUUGAGACAGCUUAAGAAUCCAGAAACUGCAAUAGAUCAGUGGGUCAAGGCUUGAUUUGUGCCCUUGUUAAAAGUUAUAUUUCAUUUACUUUACAUCACAACUAAAUCCAUGCUGUGCAGUGGGCAUGCUGUGGACUGGUCUCAGUUGCAUGCUGUGAACUGGUCUCAACUGAGAAUUAGGAUUUGAAACCUUCACCUAUCUAUGAUCCAAUCACAAUAUUUUUCAAGGUUCUUCCUCAGGUGAAGUUUUAUUUCGAAAAAUGCUAACUAGUUCUGAAGAAGUUUGAAGAACUCUUUUUAUCUGUGCGCCAAAUAAAACAGAUUGUAUCAUUGAGUUUCUCUUCCAUUGGCUAAAUAAAAUGACUAUAUAUAGUAAUGAUCACAAGGUAUGUUUGAUAUUACUACCAGUCUUAAAACACCCAUCGCGCAGAGAGGAAAGUAUUUCUUAGUAAUUACAAGGAAAGUUAAAUAUAUUGAUAUAAUAUGUAUAUAUAUGUAAUUAAUUGUAUAUGACAAAAUGAGGAGGGCGGAUGAAACUUUCUUUGUACUUAAUGAAAACCUUUGCCAAACUGUCAUAGGUACUUCAAUAUCGACGAAGCUUUGUAUGAUAGCCUUACAUUCCCUCCAGCAAGUUGUGCAGGUGUUUUAGUCUGGAUAGCCUUUCUUAACAGUUACUCUUUUCCAUGUUUUCUUGUAUUUUUAUAUGUUGUGCUUGUAAAGAAUAAUAAUUUAUAUGACUGCCAUAGAAUCAAAUAAAGAUAGAAGCUUUAAGAAUGGCUGCUUCAUUUACAUUUUCACUCACCUUUCAUAUUUUGGUGGUUGCAUUGAGAAAGAAGUGUGUAUGAGUGAAACUGAGAAAUAGAAGAAUUUGUCAUGCCAAAAAGAAAUUUGUUCAUAAGAUGAGAGAAGCUGAGAGAGAGCGAGAUGGGUUUUUUGUUUGUUCUGUUUUGUUGUUGUUUUUUUUGUAAAAGAAUUCCUGACUUUAUGUGCACCAUUAAUGCAUUCUUUAUUCUAAAAUGUUUGUGCCAAAAUCUAGUUUCAGACAUGUGUAUCUUUUGUGUCAUUUCUUACUCUGAACUCUCAGAUGUAAUUGAAUUUUUGUUUUGCUGCUAUAGUAGUGAUGCAGUGUAAUGCAUUAUUAAAUCAUAUAAUUGCUAGAUCUAUAUUUAAAAUAAGAGAUGAUAUUUGUUGCACAAGUACUCACUAGUAUAUUAUAAUAAUUAUAUGUACCAGAAAAAAAUUUCUCUCAAGCGCUCAAGAUUUUAAAGAAUUUAACACAGUACGCAGCAGGUCACUUUAAUGUAUGGGCCAAACUGGACUCUUUCAGAGCACUUGACACUGUUUGUGUAAAUGUGUGAGGCAAGAUCUAGUUUUUAUGCUUGAGAAAAGUUCCCACACAUGUGCAGACUCAUUUUAGAAAGUCCACAAAAACUAUCAUUCUUUCUCAGUGAAAGCUGCAGUGCAUCUCUUUCACUUGUGUAUCAUUUAACCCUGUGCUGGCGAAAGUAAGAUCCUAACCUUGAUCAAAGCAAAAUUCUUUACUCCGUUUAUGUUAAUCAUAACCACCAAUAACAUUUUGAAACGGAAGAAAUUAAUAAAAUAGCCAUGCAUACUAAAAAGUCAGAAACUAUGAUUCAGUGGUGAUGAUGAUCAUAAUAAAAGGAACUUAGAUUAGAUCAUGAAGAAAUAGACUUUGUAAAGUAAUAGUUUUUUUCCUUCCUUGAAAAAGCUGAAAGCAUCGUUUUACCAGAAAAUGUAGAAUUAAGAACAGUUCAGUCUGGAAUUUAACCUCUUGAUCCCUGGUCACUGAUACACCAGUGGCAAGUAAAAUUGCAACAGCAUCUAAUCUAACCACCAGUACAGCGGCAAGCAAGACUGCAUCUCUUCGUUGGGUGUUUAAAGUUAAAGCCUGUACUUGUACGUAUUGGCCAAUCAAAACAGUCUUACUGCAUUGAAUUUGGCUAAAGUCUUGCCAAGCUAUGUUCACCCAUGUGGAAGUUGUUAGCGAGCAGUUUAGUGAAAAAUAAAGUGAUUUCGUCAAAUAUCGGCGUGACUCGCUCACAAGGAGAGGCAGAGGCUUCGUGGUAGCCUCAAUAGAUCAGGGCUCAAUGGGUUAAUGAACUCUGGAAAAUUACUUCUUAAAUCUCAUGUAUCUUCAGGAAUUAUCAGACACUAUCAUUUUAAGAGGAGAGACGUAUAUAUCUAACACCAGCAUCAUAAGCUGCAUGUUUUUUGUACUGUGUGAUUGCUGUUCCACGAAGCAUUAGAACUGGAAGAAUGGGUAUAAACCAGCACCAUGGAUUCAGAUCCGUUGCUCUUUUCACAUACAUUUUUGAUGAAUAAAAGAUAGACCAAGUGUCAUUUGAAGCAUUACGGGGGAAGAAUGCUUAUUUGCACUGUAAUAAAUGCUCAUUAGAGACAAAUGCUUGACUUCAUGAAAAAAAACAAUUUGAGACUUCCACUACAGCCUUUUCAGGAAUACAAUGAAUAAGUUCUUUAUCAAUAAUUGCCUGGUUACAGUAGCAAUACUUAUGAUAUGAAAUGAUAUACCGGGUACAAUAGAAGACAUUUUAAAUACCCUCGGCUAUUUUUUUUUAAAUUGCAGGUGCCCUCAACAUAACUCUACCGUACUACUAACACUUCUACAACUUAUUCCAAUAUAUUUUCCUGGUAGGGCAUAAAAAAGAAAUACCUCAUGCAGUCAAAAGGCUGAAAAGUAUUAUUUUGUACUGUAAUAUAUGCAUCAUUAUUAUGUUUAUGCACAUAGCAACUUUGACUUUAUUGUAUCAUUUGAAAAAAAUUGUAAAGACUUUCAUGAACGAAUGUCACAUCACAGCAAAGAUUGGAGACUACAAGAUGGUUCACUUCCUAAAAAAAUGUCCUCUGUCAUUUACACGCAAUAGUAUAAGUAUGUUCGUUCCAGUUCUGUUGAAGAUGUUUUGUUUCAUUUCUCAAAGUUCUCCGUACAAAUUUUGUUCCUACUCUUUAUACGUGUCACAACACGGUGGAAUCAGACGCUCGUCAAUUUUUGGGCAUGUUGAGUUUAUGGUAUCAUUCUAAAGCUUGUUCAUUUUUUAUUUUAGACCUUUCAAUUUGAAAAAUAUCGAUUUAUCUUAAAUAGAAGUCGAUAUAUUCGCACUUGACGUAAGUGGGAGUCACCCGGUUUCAAAGAUAAAGUUAGCUAGAAAAUGGACGCCAAACUAUGUCAUACUUUCAGAAUCUUUGGAAACUGAAAAUGUACAAUUUUUGUCCCUUAACGUUUUUUCGUAAAAUCCAUACGCAAAUGUGUUUUUAAAUUAACAUAAAAGGUAUUAAGCCAAGAAACAAAAACUCCAUAAAACCUGCCAAAUCGGCGGAAAAAUGCCAUUUUCUUUAGUUUCAUUAAUUUUAACAAGCGCCUGAUUUCACCACACUGCCUCACACGCACAUACAUAUAUUAUAUAUAAUAAGAUACAUAACUCCCUAAAGAUAGUAUCCUAAGAUCAGUAAUAUAUCACCACCAGCGCUAUUGAUUCCCAUCGCAAAUAAAGGAGUGACCCAUCAUGCAGUACACAAUCUUUGAUUACACAGAGGGUAAACUGUCACUUUCUAUUAUUUUUUUUAAAAUCAUGUCAUUACUGAAUUCUUGAUUGUCUUUGCUUUCUAAAUCUAUUUUCAGUAAUUCUAAAGCAAGGUAAUGUUAUUUUUUUUUGUACGUACAUACAUGCAUGCAUGUUAUCUAAUGCCAAUGUAUAAAAUAAAUGAAUAAGCCGCUGUUUUACAUUGGGCGUUUUCCAAUGUCAUUUUAAUAAAUGCUCCAAUAAUACUCAA